AUGGCUCCGAAACCGGGAGAAGGGCACGACGAACCCGGAAUUUCGGGAACUGAGGCUUCAGAAAAGACGAUGUCGUAUGAAAUGGGUCUCUUAGAGCAAUGCUAUAAGAUCGAGCGUACGAACAACCGCCAACCGACCGGCAGCCGACAACCAAACGACAGCCGAAAACCGACCGACCGCGCGGACUUCCUCGAGGAGUUGAAGCAGAAGUGCGUGCACAGAUGCAGGGAAAAUUGGCAUGAGAACGGAUUGAGUGAGGCAGAAUGCGAGACGCUGGAGCGCAAACUCGAGAAGGAAAUUGUGGAGUUGGAGAAACGGGUUGCUGAAGUAAGCAAGGUUGAGGCGAGCCAAACCACUGCUGAAGAAGACUACCGGACGCUUCUGGAGGCGCAAGCACGCUUUAAAGCCAAGAUGCUUGAUGGUCUAUUCGGGUGCACUCGCCAAGAAGACCAGCGUGGAUUCUUGCGCAUCUACUCCGGGCUUCUCGGCAAUCAUACAAGCAACAACUCCUUUAUCCUUGAUGCUCCAUCACAUCAAUCCUUCAUUAAAAAAUUGGCCAAAGUCCAGAGCUAUAUCGAAACAUGGUCCCAAGAUAUCUAUGCGACAAAGGAUUAUCUUGGCCUGGGAAUGAAAGUCGCUGAUUUUCUGAACAACAACGCCCCGCAAAUUGGAGCCUCGACCGUUCAGGUCAUACGAGAGGCCAGCAUCCUUUUUGCCGUCAACAAAACGCUCGAAGUUUUUGUUCAGAAAAUUAAGAACACGACGUACGAAGCCUUUCAUCACGACUGUGGAACUGCCGAAAAAGAAGGGCUCGAAAAGGUUCAUAAAAUGGUGAAGGCCUCGGAUUUCGAGGAAGCCGCCGCGUUAUUCAGGGAAAAGUCGAAGGAGAUAGCAACGGGGAAGUUUUACGAACUAAAAGCUGCCGAAGACGAACGUCUAGGGCAACAAAUAUCAGGCCAAUUCCUAUCGUCAGAAAUGGAGAAGAUCACAUCGAACUUCAUUGUCGCGCGCUACGAGCAAAUGCGGAAUUUACAAUUGAAUUUUGUUGUGGCCAACGCGGAUCGAGAUAUGCGGAUCGAGAUGGAAAAGGAAGUAUUGUGCGGAGUGGAAAUACAACCGGCCGCGGCAAAUGCUCAACGUCACGCCACUUCUAACUUGCAAAACGCCUUGGAACAAUUGGGCUUUGAGCCGGGGACGGUGGUGAAGAUACGAGAGAAAACAGCAGAACACCUGGAGAAUACAGCCCAAUCGCUUGCGGAACGAUUUGUAGCGGACCGGGAGAGCAAAUCAAAAUUGGAAAAACUGCAGGCUGACUACCAAGCGCAUACCAAGCGCGAAAUCGCAUUGGCAAUGGAAGCGGGACAACGACCAGAUGAAGAAAGUGAUGUAGAAUCGGAUAUCACGGAAAUUGAACGCUACGAAGACCUAUUGGAGGAUCCGCAAACUCAAUACCACCCGGACAUUUCGGCGUUGCCGUCGCAGGCUUGGCAUGUCCAGCCAAGCCCGCCUAGCGCCUAUGCGCCGCCAUCGAACCCGGAGCCGCAAGGGUCGCGGCAGAAGACUACUCCGAUCAAUAAUUAUGGGACCCUUGGCCCUGCCAUUGAGAACAGCAUUCCACAAAAACACGAUUUUCUAAGCAGAGCGCAAGAAUUAGAAGAGGCCAGGCGUCACAGCAUUGACCCGCUCCAGGCUGGGAGAGAUGAGAUGUGGAGAGAACUGGCGAUUCUAAAGCAUUGCUAUGAGAAGGGAGACGUGCGAGACGAGGCGACGGCAAAAUACUUGAGUGACCAGUGCCUUAAACGAUGUAACGCUUUCUGGAACUUGAAGGGAUACGAGGGCAUGGAUCUGCUAGCGCUUGAGGGUGAACUGGAGGCCGCCAUCGUACGCUUGGAGCAACGACCGGCGGCAAAUGUCGCUGCGACCAGAAGCUCCUACAACCGGUCCUCAAUCAUUGCAACAGUGCUCGCGAUGCUGGUGAGUUUCUGGGGGGUUCGAGCGCUGAAAAAGUGGUCGCUUCGGAUGAUACCGUCCAAAAUUCGUCUCUGGUUGCAAUGGCUU